AACAAAGGUGUCACGGUGAUGCGGAUCCCUGCCAGCGGCUCGUUGACAAGACCAGUUUAGCCCCCUUUUUAGCCUGUAGUUUAGCUCACAUCCGGCGGAUUCGGUGAAAAUGUCUUCGGUUUUGUUCUUCAGAAAGUUCGUCAAUGAGCGACUGGGGGCGGCCGUGGAAGAAAUACUAGGAGCCUUCGAGAAAACAGUGGUCGAGUACGAGGAGCAGCUCGACCGUCAGCGCAGAAUGCUGGACGCCGUGUUGAAGCCCGGGAUCAAGCCGCACGACAGAGACGUAUCACAGUCGUUCACCUGUAACGAGGAGGUUCUCCUGGACCAGCAGAAGCUCUGUAACCACAGGAGGAACUCAACUCUGAACCAACACAACCCACAGACUAAAGAUGUGCUGGAGGAUCUGCUACAAAGGCAGGACCCUGAUUUGUUACGACCUGCUCGUGACGGAAGUGAUUACACCGAAGAACAGAUCUUGUUUAUGGAUCCUGAACAAAGUCAGAGUGCAGCAGGAAACUCUCACGUCGCUAAAAGCCGAGACCACGGAAGAGGAAGCCAGAAGAGUGCAAGUCUUCACCAGACACCAGAGAACAAACAUUUCAAAUGUAUCUAUUGCACAGAGGAGUUUCACGAUUUCUUGCAGUUAAAGAAUCACACGAGGACCCACUCUCACGAAAAAGGUUUUAACCGUGACACCUGUGGCAAGGGGUUCACCCAGAGGGCUAUGAUGAGGAAACACACGAUGAGUCACACAGCUGUGAAGCCCUUCACGUGCGGCGUCUGCGGAAAGGAAUUCAACUGCCAAUCGAAUCACAUCAGCCACAUGAAAACUCACACCGACGAGAAGCCGCACAUUUGCGCCACCUGCGGCAAGAGUUUCAGCCGCGGCGCAGACCUGAGGAGGCACACCCGGACGCACACGGGGGAGAAGCCUUACAGCUGCGCCUACUGCGGGAAGGAGUUUUCCUACCACUCGACUCUCACCAAUCACGUCCGGGUGCACACGGGGGAGAAGCCCUAUAAAUGUAUCUGGUGUGGAAAAAGGUUUGCUAUCAACACCACAUUGAAAAUACACACCCGAGUGCAUACGGGAGAAAAGCCGUACACGUGCGACCUGUGCGGGAGGAAUUUUGCCCACAACACAGGCCUGAGGUUACAUAGAAGGACUCACGCAGGAGAGGAGCAGCAGAGCGGAAAUCCCUUUGUGGUUCCGCCUCAAGUCGCCUGCCUCUACGCGGUGGACAUGUUCGCUGUGGAGAGUUUGAGACAGUCGAUCGCAGAGAGACUCGCCGCAGCCGCCGAGGACAUUCUGGGGGUUUUCGAAGUGACGAUCUCGGUGUACGAGCAGGAAGUGAAGCGCCAGCGCGAACUGCUGGACUCCGUGUUGAAGCCCGAGAUUAGGCUCCGCAGGACAGAGCUUGCACAGCAACAUGUCUGCAACGAGGAGGGACGACCAGCAGCUGACCAGCAGCUCUGCAACCGCGGGAGGGACGAAGAAGAGCCUCCACAAAUUAAAGAGGAGCAGGAGGAGCUCUGCACUAGUCUGAAAGGAGAGCAGCUUGCACUGAAGCAGGAGGAAGAUUUCUUUAACUCAAAUCCUACCUGUGAGCACAGUGAAGACUCGACUCAGAUUUUUACUUGUGAUCAGCAUCACAGUGCGGCAGAAGAAGAGCCUCCAGACAACAAUGCUACAAAAAGGGUAAGAUCGGAAUCGGGAAGCUUUGGAGUAUCUGAACCAAACAAUCGGCACCGGAUCCCCUUUCAAAGGGGCCAUAGAAAGGCAGCGAAACCAAAGAUGAAAGAGAGGGGGACCUCAACAUCGACUAGAGACGUCAAGCCGAAACUGAAGAAGGAACAGAAUAACCAAGAGCACAGACGCGGAGAAAACACAGAAUCAAUUAGUAAUCCUCAGCCCAUGCAAAAUGCAAAAAAGUGCAACGGCAGCUAUACACAGUGUAAAGGUCACACGACUCACGCUGCUGCGAAGCCUUUCAGUUGCAGAGUUUGUGGCAAGGGAUUCCGCUUCAAACGUUAUCUCACGCAGCACAUGUUAAUCCACUCGGGGGACAAGCCCUACUCGUGCAGCAUGUGUUGGAAGAGGUUCCGGCGUUUGGAGCAUUUGCAAAUCCACACGAGGAGCCACACGGGCGAACGGCCGUACAGGUGUGGCUUUUGCGAUAGGGCCUUUUCUGGCAACUCAAGCCUGACGAAACAUGUCAAGUUGCACACAGGUCACAACUACAUCUCGGUUUUAAAUCCAGCGAUGUCGUCUCAGAUGCAGAGCAUGCGACAGUUCGUGUGCGACCGACUGACCGCGGCGGCUCAGGAAAUACUGGGAGCGUUCGAGGGCAAAGUGGAAGAGUACGAGACGGAACUCGCUCGUCAACGCGGACUCUUGGAAACAGUUCUGAGCCGCGAGAACAAGUUGCCGCCGACAGAUCUCUCACAGACUGUCCUGUUUAACCAAAAGGCGAGUUCCGCUCUGGGCCAUCCAGAUGUUCCACAGGUUAAUGAGGAACAUGAGGAAGUGUCCAUCAGUAAAGACGGACAGCGGCAACAGGAGACUGAUGCCUCUAACUUGACUUCCACUUGUGAGGGACGUGUCCGCAGUGAUCAGUCUCAGCCUUUGGACACUGACCAACCUCAGACAGCUGCAGAGAAAGAUCCUCUUCCCAGCAUCUCAAACAGAGAUACAUUGUCUGGAUCCCACAGGGAGAGUUCUUCAGUAUCAGCGCCAAACAGCGACAGACACCUCCUCUCUCAAAACUCUUGUGUAGCUGAGAGCCAAGUUGCCAUAACUUCUAACCAUGGAAGUGCAACACCAGACAGACACACCGAGUCGGCACCAAAUGAUAAGAGCAACCAGGAGAGCACAAGGUCGGCCAAAAAUACUGAGCAAACAUCAGAUAAGAAACGUAAUGGCGAGAACACUGUGUUAACCAGUUGUACCGAGCUAACAACAACUGAGAAAAGCAGCGGUGACACUACAACAUCAACUCGAGGUACUGGGUCAACACCAAAAGAGACAUGUAACAAGUUGACUAAUAUGUCAACUAGAAGUACUGAGCCAACACCUGACCAGACAUGUACCGAGUUGGCCAAAACACCCGUUGCGAUUACUGGGCCGACGCAAAAUGAGAAAGGCAACGACGACAACACAACAAGAACUGAGCUGACACCAAAAAAGACAUGUAUCAAGUUGACCAACACAUCAACUAGGAGUACAGAGAUUACACCAAAAAAGAGAAGUCAUGAUGAGAAGACGACAUCAAUUGGUGGCACCCAGCCGACGCCAAGUGAGGAACCUAACGUUGAAAAGUCCACCGCGGCCUGUAGCACUGCGUCAACACAAAACACAGACCCGAAAGAAAAAGAAAAGACACAAAAGAAGCCCAUUGAUGGGAAAGCAACGUCAACUGCAUGGUCUAAAUCAACACUCGGCAAGAAACGCACCAGCGAGACAACAUCAAACAGAAGUACAAAGCCAACGCCACAUAGGGAUCGUAGCGGAGAGAAAGUCAAUGAUGGGAAAACAUCAACCACAAGUAACAAGCCAGCCGCCACUAAGAAACGUAAUGAUGGAAACACGACGUCUACGAGACGUAACGAGCCAACACCAAGCAAGAGAAAAAAGGAUGGCAGCUCUGACACAACACCAAAUAAGAGGCGUAAGGAAGACAGGCCAAUGGCGACCAGGAGUUCAACGCGAACUCAAAGUCAGCAACGCGACGAUGAGAGUUCAUCGACAAACGGAAGCACCAACCCAAGACCCGAGAACAGGAAUGAUGGGAAAACAUCGAGCGACAUUGUCGAGGACGACGAAAACCCUUACAAGUGUGACCGGUGCGGCAAAGUGAUGACAAAUUUCAAAAACUACAAGUUUCACAUGAAGUCCCACACCGUCGCCAAGACGUUCAAAUGCGACACUUGCGGGAAGACGUUCAGGGAGAGCUGGGAUUUGAAUAAGCACGCGGUGACCCACUCCGCGGAGAAGCCCUUCAAGUGCGAGGUGUGCGGCAACGGAUUCAACCGGCGCUACAACCUGGACCUGCACCUCAGGGUUCACACGGGCGAGAAGCCGUACAAGUGCGCCAGCUGCGACAAGAGCUUCAGCUCGUGCGUGAACAUGAAGAAGCACGCGAGGAUUCACACGGGCGAGAAGCCGUACACGUGCGGCGACUGCGGGAAGGAGUUUGCGGAUUCGUCGUCCUACAAGAUCCACCUGCGGGUGCACACGGGCGAGAAGCCCUUCAAGUGCACCGAAUGCAAGAGAAAGUUCGCGACCCGGACGACUUUGAAAAGGCACACGCGGACGCACACGGGGGAGAAGCCGUACAAGUGCAACGUGUGCGAUAAGGCGUUCGGUCACAAGACAGACCUGAAGGGACACCUGAGGAUACACACCGGCGAGACGCCUUACAAAUGUGGCACCUGCGGGGAACAAUUCUCCACCUGGUCAAAACUCAACAAGCACAAGAGCGCCCACACAAGUGAUGCAGAAGGCACCACUGCUUAGAUAAAAUGGCGAUUAUGGCACAACAUACUUGAUAAGAGUAAAUGAAUUGCACUGAAGUAGAACUGCUACUGGAAUUGCAAGGGUUCAUUUUGUUUGAAAAAGGCUUUUCACUGAUUUAGCAUUUCAUUCCUACAGUUAAAUGUUGUCUGUCCGCAUCGACUGACAGUUAAAGGAAAGUGCCAAUCGAUGCAGAGGAACCAGAGAUCUUUCCUUUUUUUAUUCCGUACAUUCUAAUGCCCUCCGUCAUAAUCUGUUGCCUACAUUUCCCACGAUAAAACACAAAUGUUAUGCUGGUUCUGGCUGAUUAAAGUAGCCUGGAGCCGCUUGCUUUAAGCGGCCUCAGUUUGUUUCAUUAUUGUGAGCAAUUGCUCACAUUGGUUGUUGAUAAAUGUAUAUAACUGUGUGAUUUUUUACCAAAAGUCGGUAUUGUGGGAAAGCUGAUCUGCCUGCUACUUGGGCAGAUGUGGAAGAUGUGUAUUGUCUGUUGUCCAGUGGCUGCCUCUGAUCUCAUUGCAAUUUAUGAAUCUGUGGAACGAAACAAAAAAGGGAGAAAAGAACGAAAAAACCUGCAAUAAUGAUUUUUAUCUCUGGGAUUGAGAUGAUUUUUCAUGUUCAUGUUUUUUUCGUUCUUCAAGUAUUGUAUAGUAAAUAGUAUUUAUAAAACAAUUUGUAUAUUUUUUGUGUAGAUAAAUAACAGCUGCUGUCUGAGGUAUAACACCUGAUCAACAGGUGACCUACUUGUGGGUCCCAUUCUGCCAUCUGGUGGACAUUUAUAAGCCUGCAUCAUCAAAAGUUAUAAUUUUGUUGACAAUAUUAAUUUUAAUAAAAAAACUACUCUAUA